GAGGCAAACUUAUGCAAGAAGACAACUGUGUGAUUUGUAAAUAACUGUAUGCAACAAAAAUUGUCGGUGUAUUCAUAUAUAAAAUAAAGUACAAACCUCACUGAAACCAUGAUCCAUACAGUGAGUGAGUGAAAUCUGCAAUCUCCUCAACAAUGAAUUCUAGGAGAUUAAUUCAUUUACUUUGGUGUUUCAAUCUGUAUGUAGCAUUUACAUUCAUUCAAGUUUCAUCUCAGAACAAUGUCUAUGAUUCAACGAAAUGCGUGUACCCUGCAAUUUACAAUUUUGGUGACUCAAAUUCUGAUACUGGAGCUGGAUAUGCAUUAUUCACUGGUGUAAAGCCUCCUAAUGGCAUAAGCUUUUUCGGAAGCCUCUCAGGAAGAGCUUCCGAUGGUCGUCUCAUCAUCGAUUUUAUCAGUGAGGAGUUGAAGCUACCAUAUCUAAGUGCAUAUUUGAAUUCAGUUGGAUCAAAUUACAGACAUGGUGCAAACUUUGCAGUAGGAGGCGCGUCCAUUCGUCCCGGCGGUUACAGUCCAAUCAACCUUGGUAUUCAAGUAUCUCAGUUUGUUUUGUUCAAAUCACACUCCAAUAUUCUCUUCAAUCAACUCUCUAACAACAGGACAGAACCGCCUUUUAGAAGCGGUCUUCCGAGGAAUGAGGAUUUCUCUAAGGCCCUUUACACCUUUGAUAUUGGACAAAAUGAUAUUGCCAUUGGUUUGCAGCACACUUCUGAGGAACAGGUUAAAACCUCAAUUCCUGAUAUCUUGAGUCAGUUCGCCCAAGCAGUGCAGGUUCUAUACAAUGAAGGUGCAAGGGUGUUUUGGAUUCACAAUACAGGUCCGAUCGGAUGCUUGCCCUAUGACAUAAUCUAUUAUCAACACAAGAACGGUAACUUGGAUGGAAACGGCUGUGUUAAACCGCACAAUGAGAUUGCUCAAGAAUAUAACAGGAAGCUAAAAGACCAAGUGUUUCAGCUAAGGAGAAAGUUUCCAUUAGCCAAAUUUACAUAUGUUGAUGUUUACGCAGCCAAAUAUAAACUUAUCAGCGAUGCAAAGAGCCUAGGUUUUGUGAAUCCAUUGGAAUUUUGCUGUGGAAGUUACUACGGUUACCAUAUAAAUUGCGGGAAGAAGGCGAUAAUAAACGGAACAGUUUAUGGAAAUCCAUGUAAUAAUCCUUCACAACAUGUUAGUUGGGAUGGUAUACAUUACUCCCAAGCAGCAAAUCAAUGGAUUGCUAAACAAAUUUUGUAUGGAUAUUUAUCUGAUCCACCAGUUUCAGUUGUGAAGGCAUGUCAUACAUGAUUAAGUAGUUAGAUUUUCAAGUUGUUGUUUUAGUGAGCAUGAACAUGUAUGUUGAUGUACUAAACAUACACUUGAAGAAAAUGUACUGUAAUGAAAGUGAUGAUUUAUGAAGUGUAGUGAUUAUAAAGAGAGUAUCUACACAAGAAAUGAAAGCAAUAUAGAGAAGCUUAGAGUUGUGGUAUCAUUUGCAA